AACGCUGCUUCGGUACCUUUCGGCACGACAUCAGUGAAUAAACGGAAUAAACAUCUCAAAUUAUUAGUCACCCACCAUCAGUCAGUACUUAAAUUGCAUCAGAUCUUGUAAUAAGUCGCUCAAAUUUUUGUUAUUAAAUAAGUGAAUUAUAAGGAAAUGGUCAAUCCAUUGACCCCUCCAGUUUUGCGUGAUCCUGUAUUCUGGCCCUUUGGUGACCAAACACUAAAUCGAGAAGCAAGGGAAGCACGGUUGGACCGCCGAGACCGCCUGUCCGGCCUACGUUGGGUCUGGGCCUGUAAUGGCGCUGUUCCGCAAAAAGCCUUCCAAGCGAGUGUCAAUGGGUCAAAUCACCAAAGGUACUACAUAGGAAGAGCGUACUAUGAGGGAUCGGUAACGCCCGGGAGGGUGGACAUCAAACGAAAAGCAUGCAGCAUCCCAUGGGGCGGCGAUGAACGCCUGCGAAAUGUGUACGAAGUCCUGUGCACGCCUGGUCAGUUUGUUCGAGUCACGGAAGAGAAUACAGAAACCCUGCUGUUGGCCAGCUCAGCCGGUAUAUCAGAAGAAGGAGAACCCUUGUUCAUCGGUCGGGUUGAGCAUAAGGGUGAAUUUAUAUACGGAAAAGUUCAAAGAUCACAUGGCGUUUGUUACAUUGCUUACGAGGGCAAGGAACUUGGAUUUAAAACCUAUGAGCUGUUUGUGGCGAAUGUGCCAAUGCGACCGAACGAUUCUUACUGGGUAUCAAACACGAAAGAUGAAGUUCCAGAUCGGGCAACCGUCGGCGGAGGAACUGUCGGAAAACUACUCUACGUAGGCCGCGCAAAACACCGUGCCUCUCUUACUCCUGGAUCGGUGGACCCGUGCACUUGGCGAUGCCAUAUCGCCUGGGGUUCGGACGAACAUCAGAAAUCAAGCUUUGAUUACCUUUGUAACUGCAGUGGAAAAUUUGUAAAAUCUCAUGGAAACAAUUUGCCAAUCGGAGCCAUACGAGGUGGCUACUCGGAAUAUGGAGAACCUCUUUUCAUCGGUCGUGUAAAAGUGAAGGAAGGAUAUGUCGUGGGGAAGGUUCAGCCAUCACACGGUGUUUGCUACAUCCCGUACCGCGGUAAGGAGAUAGCUUACAAGAAGUAUGAAAUAUUGAUGCAGAUGAUGGACUGAAGUGUGCAUGAACCAUGUAGCAUUUUUUUAAUUCGUAAUAGAACUAUUGGCGAAUAAUAUUAGAGCUUGCGACAAUGGAGUUCUUGCAGUGUUAUUAUUGUUCUUACAAUGUGAUAUUAUAAUGGUUAUAAUGUGGGCUUAUUUUAGGAGUAAAGUGACUUCAUUUGACUAAGAUCACCGCACUAUACCAGUAAAAUAAGUUUAUUUGAAGAUCACAACUACAAUACAUACAGUAAUUAGUAUUAGAGGGAUGCGUGUUAAAAGUUGUUUUGUAUUCUUUAUAUUGUCGAAUAAAAAAGGUCGUAUAAUAAAAUAA